UUUCAGAAAAAAGCAACAUGCAGCUCAUUGCAACAUGAAACACAAAUAAAACGAUAGUACUGCAAAACCAGACUUAUUAAAUGACUAUUACAAAAUGUACUACAUUUAUAAUAUGUAGUGUAGUUUAUUCACUUUCUGACUGCAGGGCCAGCACUAUCCCAAUAGUGCAAGACCUAACAAAAAGAGAGACCUAAGUAGACCAUACUCAGUAAACUACCAUCCAGCAAAAAUAAUUGAUAUAUUGAUAUACUAAGGUCACAAUGUUUUAUAAAUGAAUUCAUCUGUAAAAGAUGGUGAUGCUAUUUUCAAGGGUAGUUGUUGUUUUUCAUAUAGGACGCCACAAGAAGAAGCAACAGCGUGGUCAGAGUCUGUGGACAAAGUUCUGGAAAGUAAAGCUGGCCGAGUUGCCUUCAUAGAGUUCUUGAAAUCAGAGUUCAGUGAAGAGAACAUUUUGUUUUGGCUGGCCUGCGAGGAAUACAAGAAAAUGAAGUCAACCACUAAAAUGAUUGAAAGGUCUAAGGAGAUCUUCUUAGAAUAUGUCAAAGUGGGAGCUCCCAAGGAGAUAAAUAUAGACUGCGGAACUCGAGAAAACAUUACCAGGCAUAUUUCAACACCGACCCUCAACUCUUUUGAUCAUGCACAGAAAAUAAUCUAUAGUCUGUUGGCAAAAGACUGUUAUCCCAGGUUUUUGAAAUCAGACAUCUACAUGGCAUAUUGUCAACAGAAUGAAAGGUGACUUUUCCCCAAAUAAAUGUUCAUCAAGGAACACAGAACACCUUACCAGCUGGUUUCUUGUUUUACCUUCAAUAAUUUAUUUAAAUAUGGUCAUGGUAUACAAUGCUUGUGUCUUCAGGCUGGAUCUGAAACCAACAUAAUCCCAUUAUCUUGGACAAGAAGUUGAAUAUAAUUAGUUGUAUAUAUAUUUAAAAAUGUAUAUUAUGUAUAUGUGUGUGUGUUAGAAAGGGGACUCUUACCAACAUUGUGAUCACUUAAGAAACAUUCUUAAGUAAGCCUUGGGACUUCUUCAAGUUGUCAGUCAAACAGAAAAUGAACAACUGAUUAUUUAUUGAAAACACAAACCAUGAAAGGUAUACCCUUUGGAUUGUGGAAUUAACCUAAAAACAGUGAAUAUUCCCAAGACACAAGAUAUUUUAGUAUUUAACAUUUUAAAGAGAUACAAUAGUUUAGAAUAAAAUAUAUUAUUGCAAUAAUAUUGAUCAAGCCAUUCACAUCAGUACAUGCACAGAAACAGCAGAAGUAUAGAUUAUUACCAGUAAACCAUUCUUCCAUUACUUUAACUGUUUAAAAAAAAAAAAAAAAAAAGUUUUAAUGCAUGAAACUACAAACAUAUUUGAAAUGCUCUGACCUUUAAACUCAUUGUUUGUUUUCUAUUUAUUUAUUUAUUUAUUUGAAAAAAAAACGGAAGCCUGCUCUGACCUCUCCUUUGACUCUAUCCCUCUUUUUCCAUCUCCUUAUGCUACAAACCUAGGCGUUGCUCUUGACCCCUCCCUCUCCUCCUCUCAACACAUUCCCUCCGUCACUUACUUGCCGCUUCUUUCUUGGAGAACAUCUACCGAAUCUAUCCUUUUCUCACAAGUUAUUCCACUCAACUCCUGGUCCAAGGUCUUGUACUCUCUAGAUCGGACUGCUGUAACUCUCUCCUUGCUGGUCUCACUGCUUUGGUUUUCCGCACCCUUUAGCUCAUUCAAAAUUCUAACGCUCGUCAUUUUUUCUCCCAACCUCGUGACAUGCUACCCCUCUGCUUUGCACCCUCCACUGGGCACCUAUCUUCGCUUGUAUUCAAUUCAAUACCCUUGUUCUUGUCUGAUGCUGUCUUAACCACACUGCCCCCUCCUACCUCCAAUCCCUUGUGUCUCCCUACACCCCUUUUCUGGUUCUCCUCUACGACUGGUCAUGCCUUCUCUGCAUUCUCCAUCCUCCCGUGCCAGCUUCUUCUCUUCCCUCACCCCUCUGUGGUAGAAUCAGAUCUUCAGGACUGCUCAAUCUCUCAUUGCCUUCUGCCGCUUCCUCAAGAUCCACCUAAACUGCAAAUGUAGAUCUCUUGAUCAAUCCCUCCUACUAUGCACUGGGCUUGCUUGACUUAAGCAUCAUGUUACUGGAUCUUCAGCUAAUGCACUAUUGCACUACUAUGAUGUCAUUGCAGAUAGAAAUUUUCUUAAACCUAAAUUGUUACUUCUUAUCUCAUAUUGUAAUCUAGUAGUGUUUGCACUUAUUGUAAACUACACUGUAUUCAAAUAUUGAAUACCCUCUGGCAUUUUCUGAAAUGUCUUGACUAAAUGUAAUGCCAUAUUUCCACCUGUGCCAUGAAAGCAGUCUGUAAAACACAAAUAUCACCUCGUUUUAAAAUGUUGUAAAAUCCAAACUGCAAGGUCAAAGACUGCAUGUGUAUUAUAUUUUUGUAUUCUUCAAAUGUGUAAAUCCCUUCCCCAGUAUAUCCCUAUAAUUGAUUGCCUUUGGUUCUGUAAACCCCUUCAGUCUGAGCAUCAUUUCCCUUAUCUGCUCAUGAGUGAGGGCUUGCCAGAUUUUGGAUUCAAAGCAGUUUGAUGUCUAUGGUCUGCUCCUGAUGUAAAAAUAUGACUUAUUUCAAAUUGUUAUGAACUAAAUGGAAACAAGGCAUAAGUAAACACUGUUCAAAAGUAUAUUGUGGCAAGGGCUCUUUUUUAAUGAUUUUACUGGAAAGUU